AGCCAAAUCGUGAGGUGACCAUCAAAGAUUUGCGACCCAAUACGCAAUAUUUCAUUCGCUUGCGAGCCAAUGACAAACUUGGUCCUGGACGACUUUCAAAUCCAGUAUCACUUAACACGCAUAAACCAGCCGCUCGACCUCAGUUGUUCAUCCAAGAAGGCGACACAUUACAUGUCCCUCCGUUGACACCAUUUCGGAUCAGUUGCAAUGUAACUCGUGGUGAUCCAGCACCUAGGAUUUCAUGGUUUACAA